CCUGCAUGCCGCCGCCGCCACCGCCGCCUCCUUCUCUCCGUCUCCCUCCCAUAUUCUCUCCUUUGCGCACUCUAUCUUCCCCUUGCUCUUGAUCUGUCACUAGUUCUCUCUCUCUCUCUAUCGCUCUCUCUCUCGCUCGCUCUCUCGCCGUCCGAGUCAGGCGACUGCAGCAGUCCACCAGCCAGCCAGCCAGCCAGCCGGGCGAACACAUGGUCCGACUGACACAACUUACUACCUCAGACCAGCCCCCCCCCCCGGCGAAGAAAACUAUCAAAUAAGCGAGAGGAGGAACGCGACUUUAAAAAGGAGAACCGGCGAGCGGAGGGAAGAGCCGCCAAUCCCUGUUUAUGGAUACGGAGCUGACUUUUUCACACAUCCAUUCGCUCUCUCUCUUUUGCUCCUGAGGACAAGCACGCUCCCUCUCUCUCACUCUUCUACAGCCUUCCGCUAAGCUCCAGCAGUGCAGCGCAUCCUUUAUUCCACAACCGAUACCCCCCCCCCCACUCCGUGCUGCACCACCAUCUCUCACAACACCCCCACCGCCCUCGGGAGGAAUAGCCGGAUUACUGCUAACUGUGCGCACGGCAGCCUGCAGCCGCUCUGACCGGGGCCAGCCCCGACGCCGAGAGAAGAGGAAGCGAGAGGGGAGGGGAGCGACUGUGCCUGGCGUUCGUUUGCCUUUUUUUUCCCUGUCUCUCAGUCUCUGUCACAACGGGGCUAAUCACCAGCCGAGCAGCCCCUGGCAAAGUCAUACUGAGGGAGGUCUGGCCACCAAACCAGGCGACCAGGCAUGUAUCGGGAAACAGUCGGACCGGGAUUUUUCUGUGGUCGUUUUUUUUUUAAGUACAUCGUAGACCAGUUUUGCCCGCUGAGAGACUUUGGCCUGGUAAGGUUAUCCGGGGUAGGAUAUAUUUGAGCACCUUGUGAGCCUCACUGGCCUUACCUGAGUGCUCAGUCUUUACUACCAGGAGCCAUUUUGUACCCUCAGCCAAUCAAGGGCCGCUGGCACUCAAAAGAAAACUAAUUGAUGCCCCUGCGACCGAAAGAUGGACUUUAUAAACAAAUGAGACCAUUUUCCAACUAAUGAGCAUCUUCCUGCACUGUCGAUGGAACUCGGGAGCCUUGAGUUGCUCCAGCCAGGCUAGGGUGAUCCGUCCUCUGGUGUGUGCCGUCUCCCCCCACCAUGCAGAAUAAUGUGCUCUCCACAUCAUGAGUCCUUUGGGCCAGGUUAGUGUGCAGCCUACCUGGAACAUAGCCCUGCUUGCCGUGCUCUCCCUCAUGGUACCUACCCUCAGUAUGUGCCAGUCCAUCAGCCCAGCAUUGGGUUCAGCCAACCCACAGAACUGUCCAGGUGCGUGCUCCUGCACCAACCAGCUCAGCAAGGUGGUGUGCACUCGCCGAGGCCUGGUCUCGGUGCCUCCCAACAUCCCAGCCAACACCAGGUAUCUUAACCUGAUGGAAAACAGCAUAAAGACCAUACAGGCUGACACGUUCAGGCACCUGCAUCACUUGGAGGUACUGCAGCUGGGCAGGAAUGCAAUCAGGCAGAUUGAAGUAGGGGCCUUCAAUGGCUUGACCAGCCUCAACACCCUGGAGCUGUUUGACAACAGGCUGACGGUGAUACCUAGUGGAGCUUUUGAAUACCUGUCCAAGCUCAGGGAAUUGUGGUUGAGAAACAAUCCCAUCGAGAGCAUCCCCUCUUACGCCUUCAAUCGCGUCCCCUCGCUAAUGAGGCUUGAUCUUGGAGAGCUCAGAAAGUUGAAGUACAUCUCCGACGGGGCCUUCGAGGGCCUUCAAAACCUCAAGUACCUGAACUUGGGCAUGUGCAGCCUGGGAGAGUUCCCCAAUCUUUCACCUCUUGUGGGACUGGAGGAGCUCGAAAUAUCAGAGAAUGUUUUCCCAGAAUUGAAACCUGCGGCCUUCCACGGGCUCAAGAAUUUACGCAAACUGUGGAUUAUGAACUCCGCCAUCACCACAAUCGAGAGGAAUGCGUUUGACGACAUCACGGCUUUGGUCGAGUUAAACUUGGCUCAUAACAAUCUGUCCACGCUCCCCCAUAACCUCUUCACACCACUGCAGUAUUUAGUGGAGCUCCAUCUGCACCACAACCCUUGGAAAUGUGACUGUGACGUAGUAUGGCUAUCCUGGUGGCUUCGAGAAUACAUUCCCACCAACUCCACCUGCUGUGGACGCUGCCACACCCCGAGUCAUAUGAGGGGACGGUACCUAGUCGAAGUGGACCAGACCACGUUUCAGUGUUCGGCACCAUUUAUACUGGAUGCUCCCAGAGAUUUGAACAUCUCAGCAGCGAGGGUGGCGGAACUGAAGUGUCGCACCGCUGCUAUGAGCUCUGUCCGAUGGCUCCUCCCGAGCGGGACUGUCCUGACACAUGGAUCGGUUCACCCGCGGAUUUCUGUCCUCAACGACGGGACUCUAAACUUCUCCAAUGUUCUGCCGUCAGACACUGGGGUCUACACUUGCAUGGUGAGCAACAUGGCGGGCAAUUCCAAUGCCUCAGCCUACCUGAAUGUCAGCAAUGCCGAACUCAACACAUCAAAUCUAUCCUAUUUUACCACCGUGACUGUGGAGGUUCUGGAACCAACAGUGGAAGAAACCCCAAAACCCAAACCCACCGCCCCGGCCUCGCCUUCCGUCUUCAAACCCGUCUUCAUUUCAACACCAACCGUGCUGUUCCAAAGCACACAAACGCCAAGGCAGGUGUCAAUACCUACUGCCAGAAACCCCAGUGGGCCCGCUGCGAGCCUGGAUGAGGUCAUGAAGACCACCAAAAUCAUCAUUGGCUGUUUUGUCGCUGUGACCUUGCUAGCAGCGGCCAUGUUGAUAGCGUUCUAUAAGUUGCGCAAACGGCAUCAACAGAGGAGCACAGUGGCCGCGGCCAGGACCAUAGAGAUCAUACAGAUGGAGGAUGAGGUUCCUCCAGUUCCACCCACAUCUACUGGAUCUAGCGGCUCGGAGGAGACGGGGCUAGUAAUGCCGACGUUAGUCGAACACAACAGCCACACCUUUAAGCCGGGCUAUGUGUCUCGCCAAGCGGCUUACGGUGCCCACUGGACCCAGAACAACACUCUUCACCGCUCAACCAGACAGCAUCACAGCCACAUCAGCACCAUAGCGGAUCCUUAUAUCAUUAAGACUACUCAUGGAAAAGAGAAGGUUCAAGAGACCCAAAUAUGAAUUGUGUUCCCCACAGAUCUACCACCGACUCGCCCCAACCUCUUGUCCGUGUCGUAGAACGCACAAAGAAAAGAAAACGUUCUUUUGUACAGAAGUGCAAAGAAGAGACACUUCUCGUUUCUUGUACAUGCCUAUAUAUAAGUAUAUCACGUGGGGGAAAAAAAUACAAAUAUAUAUAUAUAUAUAUAUAUAUCUAUAUAUGAGACUACCCGGCAGUGGUAAGACAUGCAGAUUCUAUUAGAAAAUCAAAAAAAAUGGAGACUAUUUUCUAAUAACUGGUAACCUCUGUUGAAAGAUUGCUUUAGGGACCGAGGGUGUUCAUGCAGAAAAGGGUUUGUUUUGGACCAUGUCUAGGAUGCAGUGAAAUAUCAAUCUUUAUAUAAAGCCCCGUUUUUUUUUUACUGUGCCAAAUAUGAUAUGCAAUAAAAUGGUAUUAUCUCACGAAAGAAAAAAAAAAGAAAAAUGACUAGAUUUGGACCUUUUGUGUAAGGAUAGCAGUGUGGUGGCACAGAGAGAACGUGCGCUCUUCAGUAGCUCACAGCCAAAUGCUUUUGGACUGCAGUGCAUUUCUGCGGCUAAGGUUCACCCCGCGUUCGCUGAUGUCAUGCUUUGAUCCUGGUUUUAUCUCGACAUAUUAAUUACGCGUGCUCGCAGCACAUCAGAUGAACAUGCGGACAAAUAGCUGUUGUUGCCAACCCUGUACUUUGUUCUGUCAUUGGUUGCAUUUUUUUUUGUGUUGUUUUGUUCCACCUUUUCGAUUUUUGGCUUGUGUAGUGUUUAGGGCUAAUUUAGUAAUGCAUUACAGCAGUUGCCUGACUUGUCUCUGCAAGGGCUCAUUCUGAUGCUAAUUUUUCAGCCGAACUGACGUGCGGUGCAGUGAUAUACAGGGCUUUGCGGACCAUUUUGCUUUUUUUGGGGGGUGGGGGGGGGAUUGACGUUGAACACAAUGAAUGUCUGUCUGAUACCCGGGGCUUUUCCAUGGACUAAAUUGACUUUGUUUGACCAGUUUAUUUUCGAGGAACACUAUUUUUAUGGAGAGACAACAACACCAAACAAAAAAAGGUGAUGAAAAAUAAAACAUUUUCGUUUGUAUUUCUUUAAAGAGGAACACUUUCAUUGGAUGUCUCUUGUGUGUAAUUUGUUUGACAGUAAAGAGCGGGGACAGGAUUGUAAAUCUACCCCAAAACCCUCCAUCUUACGUUCUCCUAUGCAUUUACUCGGUGUCUGCAUGAAUGGCUCUUUAAGUAACUGGUGUACAAUGCUGCAUUAUACCCCACAGUGGGGCUCUAUGCAGGUCAGCUAAGGCUCUUGGUCUUUGAAGCCUCCCCUUAGUUCUCCUUAGAAUAUUCUCUAUUUUUCCAGUUUAAUGAAAUACAGUCUUGGUCAAAAGUACAUAAUGUCACGGCUGUGUUGCGUUUCUAAUAAUGUCUACAACUCUUAAUUUUUUGGGAUGGAGUGAUUGGAGCAUACGUUUGGUUCUCUACUUCACCCUUCCCGAUAAGGUCUAUUCAGGUGUACUGAAGAGGAGGCUACCCCGAAUAGUCCAACCUCGGAUUCAGGAGGAACAGUGUGGUUUACGUCCUGGUCGUGCAACUGUGGACCAGCUCUAUACUCU